CCUGACAUGGCGGGAAUUUCAGACGUUAGCUAGCUAACACGCUACCCAGCUCUCUGUUUACAUCUCCGACCUAGGUCAAUUGUCAGAAAGUGGAACGGGACCGCUACAAGGUGUGCUCAACUUUCAAGUUUAUGAGGGUACCUAAGGCCAGCCAGGGAGACCUAGCCAGCCAUCGUUAAAGCCAUAGUAAUUUAUCAGCGUGUUACCCAGGGUACAUAAACAACCAAUCAAAAGUGGCUUCUUGACCGACAAGUUAUUAAGCCAAUAUGCCUCCACCCACCGUGGAAUACACCAUAGGAGGGGUGAAGAUACAAUUUCCCUGCAAGGCUUAUCCAUCCCAACUGGCCAUGAUGAAUUCAAUCGUUCGAGGGUUGAACCACAGUCAGCACUGUCUUCUGGAGAGCCCUACUGGGAGUGGGAAGAGCCUGGCCCUGCUGUGUUCGGCCCUGGCCUGGCAGCAGGCACACCUUGCUAAGCUUGAAGAAGGAGCCAACACACAGGAGGGGAAAAGCCAAGCUGAGGCCAAAAAAACAGACGUUAACACACCCUGCCAGUGUGCGUGCCACAGCAAGGCCACAUGGGUCCCCACUACGCCCAAGCCAGCCAUGGUGGACCUGACUGUCAUAGACACAAAUAUGGGGGGACUUAACACAUCUCCUUCUGCAGACAAGGAGUUCAAACCCAAGAGUCAGUCAUUGGCCUCUCGUCUGUCUGAAAAGCUGCAAAGCUCCUCAGACAAGGACGACGACUUUCAGCCUGACAGAAAACGCAUUCGCACCCCAUUGGUCGACCAGAAGGGUCGUAAGAGGAGAUGUCUGGAGAAGGGGGUGGUCUUCAUAGACGACGAGUCAGAGGAGGAGAGGCCAGGCGUGUCUGGGAAGACCUGGUCCAUGGAGCUGAGCGCCCAGGCCCAGAGCAUGGACCUGCCCUCCGCCUGCUGUUCUCCAGCGGCCUGCUCUCUCUGCCCAUGUGCCUCGCCCAAAGGAGGGCUAACGGGCCCAGGCGGCAAGUCUUCAAAGGACAAAGAGAAAGAUGGCAAAAAGAAGGUGCCGAAAAUCUUCUUUGGCACGCGCACCCACAAGCAGAUCACGCAGAUCUCCCACGAGCUCAAGCGCACCCUCUACUCCAGGGUGCCCAUGACCAUCCUGUCCAGCCGAGACCACACCUGCGUCCACCCAGAGGUGGUGCCGCACUCCAACCGCAACGAGCGCUGCAAGGAACUGCUCGAGUCCAAAAAUGGCUACUCGUGCCGCUACUACCACGGAGUGCACAAGAUGCGUGAGCAGAGCACGCUGCAGGGGGUCCACGGGCUGCACCAGGCGUGGGACAUCGAGGACCUGGUCCGCCUGGGCGGCCGCCUGCGCUCCUGCUCCUACUACGCCGCCCGCGAGCUCAUGCAGGACGCCCUCAUCAUCUUCUGCCCCUACAACUACCUGCUGGACCCCCUCAUCAGGGAGAGUUUGGAGAUCAACCUGAAGGGGCAGAUCGUGGUGCUGGACGAGGCCCACAACAUUGAGGACUGCGCCCGCGAGAGCGCCAGCUACGCGCUCAGCGAGGCCCAGCUGCUGGUUGUCCGGGAGGAGCUGGACGGCAUGGUCAACCACAACAUCCGGCGCUCCCACCACGAGCCCCUGCGAGCGUUCUGCUGCAGCCUCAUCAACUGGAUAAAGGAGAGCUGCAGUCUGCUGGCAGAGAGGGAGUAUGAGAUGUCAUGCAAGGUGUGGCAUGGGAAGGAGGUCCUGGGGAUCUUCCAUGUCAUGGGCAUCACCGCUGACACCUUUGACUUGCUGCAGAAGCACCUGGCGGCAGCGCUGGAGAAGGAGGAGCGUGUGGGCGUGGUGAACGGGAAGGAGGACGUGGUGGAGAUCCCCACCAUCAGCUCCGUGUCCUCCUCCAUCCUCAAGAGCCUGUUCAUGGUGCUGGACUACCUCUACAGGGGCAACAGCAGGUUUGCGGAGGACUACCGCGUGGCCCUGCAGCAGACGUACGUGUGGACCACCCAGCCAGACGUCCCAGACGCCCAGGGCUUCUUCGCCCGGCCCCAGCGCAGGGGCCGACGCCAAGGGGGGGCCCAGCGCACCAAGACCCUGGUCCACACGCUCAGCUUCUGGUGCCUCAACCCCGCCGUGGCCUUCUCAGACCUGAGUGAGUGUGUGCGCACCAUCGUCCUGACCUCCGGCACGCUGUCGCCCAUGGGCUCCUUCUCCUCCGAGCUGGGGGUCAAGUUCUCCAUCCAGCUGGAGGCCAGCCACGUCAUCAGCAAGUCCCAGGUGUGGGUGGGCACGAUUGGCUCGGGGCCGCAGGGGCGCAAGCUGUGCGCCACCUUCCAACACGCGGAGACCUACGCCUUCCAGGACGAGGUGGGCGCCCUGCUGCUGCAGGUGUGCCAGGCUGUGGGCAGGGGCGUGCUCUGCUUCCUGCCCUCUUACAAGAUGCUGGACAAGCUGCGUGAUCGCUGGACCAACACAGGCCUCUGGGACAAGCUGCAGGAGAGGAAGACUGUGAUCACAGAGCCUCGCGGGGGGGCCAAGGGAGACUUUGACCAGCUGCUGCAGACCUACUAUGACGCCAUCAAGUGCUGUGGGGAGAGAGAUGGAGCACUGCUCCUGGCCGUGUGCAGGGGCAAGGUGAGCGAAGGGCUUGACUUCACGGACGACAACGCCAGGGCUGUGGUCACCAUUGGUAUUCCCUUCCCAAACAUCAAAGACCUGCAGGUGGAGCUGAAAAUGAAGUAUAAUGAUCAGCACUGCAAAGCCAGGGGGCUUCUACCUGGCAGUCGCUGGUAUGAGAUCCAGGCGUACCGAGCACUGAACCAGGCUCUGGGGAGGUGUAUCCGGCACAAGAAUGACUGGGGUGCCCUGAUUUUGGUGGAUGACCGUUUCCGGAACAACCCUAACAAGUACAUUACAGGUCUGUCCAAGUGGGUGCGUCAGCUGGUGAAGCACCACGACACCUUUAACGGGGCCAUGCAGUCUCUCACCAACUUCUCCCAGUGCCAGCAGGAGGCAGUGGAGGGCCACGCAGGAAGCCCAAGCCUGAAUGGCCCAGUCUCAUCACCUGCUAGCCUAUGUUUAAUGACUCUGGAACAGCCGCAAUCUGACAGCAUGGUGGGCUCUCUCCUCGGAGCCCCAGUACCUCAGGCAUGCCCAGAGGGGCCUAAAGUGUGCCAUCAGACCAACAGCUCCAGGGUUCUCUCAGAAGUUUCCGAGCCCCCGGUUGUCCCCGGGUGUAGUGAUGAUGCAGAUGGCAGAGCAGCAGAGCAGAGUCCAGCGAUGCCCUUCACCCCUCAGAGCAGUUAUGCCAAGACACCAACUCGACCCUUGUAUGACCUCUUCACAUCCACCCCAACUAGAAACCGCUUCAAGAAACCAAUCUUUCAGGCAAGAGACUCUGGCAGGGGUGCCAAUCAGUUUGCAAAAUCAACCUUAACAGAAAACAAGGAGAACCAGCAGGAUGUUACCUGUCAGAUCGAAGAAAGGCAACAACCUUCCCAGGGACAAGGUGUUUGCGAAGAGACUAAUAGGACAGAGGCCCUGCAAUCCUGUCAAGGGUUGGAACUCUCCCCUCUGCAGGUUCCUCUGACCUGUGAACCAAGACAGACUGCUGUGGAUGAAGACCCUUUCCUGCAAGAGGGGGAGGAAGACGAGGAAGACGAGACUAUCUUUUUCACUCCAGAGCUUUUUGAGGAUGAUGAGGAUGAAGGUAGCCCUCAGAAAGAGAGAGGGCCCUUGUCUCUUCCCAAGACGGGUUGUGGGGCAGGUCUGGAAGGCAUGGUUGUGGACAACCAUCCUAUCUUUAACCGGACAGACCAGGUGUCUGAAAACAUUUUAGCCCUAGACGAUCAAGCUAAACUGCAAGUACAGGAACAAAUUCAAGGGUCAGUGAAAGUUCAGGGACAAGAGCAGAAGAAUCAGGGGCAGAACAGGCAGGGAAACAGCAGGACACGCAAACUGUCCAGGUCCAGACAGAAAGAUCCCUCCACCUUAUGCUCAGCAGAAAAUUGUGCGAAAUCUUGUGGGGAUGGACAGUUUCAAUCUGGGAAACAUACUCUAACAAAGACUCAGGCCCAGGCCAGGUGCCACCAGCGUGGAAAAGCCAGGGUCAGAAUAGGGCUGCUCACCAAUCCCUCUCGGGUUGUUCCAGCUCAGACCACAAAUAAGGUGACCAAUGUCGGAACAACCAAGGAGCGGUCUGCUAAUGUGACCUGUCUGCAGACUGAGGAGGCAGGAGGAGAGAAGACUGUGUCAUCAGCAAACAACCUGAUAUCUCCAUUGCUAGGUGGUAUGGGUCAGGACAGUAGCUGCAAGACUGGAGUAUUCUGUAAACAGUACCAGCUAGCUCUCAGACCAACGUGGAGACGUACAGUAAAGAAAGAACAAAGCGAUUUGGGCACUACUGAGAAUAUUAACAGAGUGCAGUUUGACAUUGUCACACCGGAGCAGGAAGGUAUAAAUAUACAGAGGUCAUGUAAUCGGAAGCGGAAAAGAGCUAAUAUGGCAUCUGAAAGAAGAAAGAGAGCUUAUGACCAGACACCUUGUACUACAGGACUCUUCUGUACAAAGUGUAGCCUGGAGCUACUGCCAGUGGCAGAGGGUGUGCUGCGCAGUGCCAAAUGUGAGCUUGAACGCUUGCCCAUUCUGGGGGACCACAUAUCCUGCGACGUCGAUGCCAAAGUUCGGUGUCGGUGCACACCACCCAGUCCCACACAACCGUGUGACUCGGCUGCCCUGCUCAUGGUUCAGGACCUCCAAGCCUUGCAGAGCUUAAGGAACUCUCUCCAGCCCUUUUGUAAAAACUCAACAGCAUACAACGCCAUCUGGGACCCUGCUGAAUGCUCAGUUACCAGGCUCCUGCACUGCAUAGGCUGUGCAUCUCAAGACCCCUCAUCUGCAAGUGUAAUGGCAUUUGAAAUCCAUCACCCACGGGAUCCAGCACUGGACCAGACCAUGCAUCUGGAGUCAUCAAAAGAUCCAGCAUUUCUACCACAACAGCCUCUGUAAUGAGACCCUGUUUUCCCCCAAAACAUGUGCAUAUUUCACUGAGAGCCAACCAGAUGUACCUUUGAUCAAGGGACACCGCCACAGUUAAGUGUCCCACCACCAGAGAGUUGAACCCACAACCCCCCCUCUGGCCUCACUCCUGAACCCCCUUCACAGCCAUUCUCUCACAGCCUGACCCACCUCUUUGGGGAGUCCAGAGUUCCCUUGACUCCUUCCCAUUCUGCUGCACUUCCUGUGGCCCCUGGCAGAGGUCAGUCAGGUGGGAUUGUGUUGAAUUGAAACAGUGGUUGGUGAGGAAGAAGAGGAUAUGGGACUGUCCUCUGCCACCUCUCAGAUCCACCUCCCUAACUUGUGGUUCAGUAUCACCCAUCCAUGGGGUGACAGAUAUGAAACACCCUAAAACACGCUAGCCCACCAACCAACCCUUCUUUGCACUUUUAUCUCUUUUGCAACGGAUCUUGCCGCAUGUGGAUCAAAUCAGGAUCCUCCACUAAUUGACUAUUUACAGGGCUCCAGAAAAGCCCUAAUGGACUUGAUAUUAAAUCCCUCUUCAAGUAUUUAAAGUGUGUUUUCUGAGUGCCUGGGUGAGG